AUGGCGGAGCGCCAGGGGCGGGCUUCGACGCACAGCCUGCGACGAGCCAUCCGCACCCUCCACAGGCGGCGACCGCCGGAGGCGCGCAGCUCGUGGUCCAGCUUCACCGAGCUCGUGGACGCCGAGGUGACGCGGCGCCGCGCCCAGCCCACCGAGUCCGCCGUGCGGCUCUUCGAGAAGAACGUCAACUUCUUCCUGGGCAUGUUCUACGCGACCCUCAACAGCGCCCUCGUGGGAGUCAUCUCGGUGCUCAUCAAAAUCCUCUACGACGUGCCGACCCUCCAGCUGACGGCCAUGCGACUGGCGGGCAUAUUCGUCUUCUCCAUGCCGCUCGUCGUCUACAGCGGCAGGAACCCGCUCGGCCACCCUUCCAACAGGCUCUACCUCGUCCUCAGAGCCACGGCGGGCGUAGCGGGCCUCUACUUCCGCUUCUGGUCCAUGAAGCUCAUCCCUUUGUCCGACGUGGCGGUCAUCCUCGCCAGCCUGCCCGUCUUCGUCACGGCCCUGGCGCGCGUGUUCCUGAACGAGCCCUGCGGGGUCACCGACACCAUGAUACUGAUCCUCACCAUGGGGGGUCUCAUGAUGUCCGCCAAGAUCCCGUUGCCCUUCAUGCACGCCGCCGCUGCUCGGGACGCCAAGCUGGACCCGAACAAGUACAAGGGCCUGUUCUUCGCCCUCCUGUCGACGCUGUUCGGCGCCGUGAAGUUCCUCAUCAGCCGAACGGUGCGCUACGAACACCACUCGGUGACGCUGUUCAUGUACGGACUCGUCGGGGUCGUCGAGUGCGUCCUGCUGUCGCCGACGGAGCCGUACGUGCUGCCCCGCUGCGGCCUGGGACGCGUCAUCUUCGUCUCGUUCACGAUGCUCAGCUUUCUCGAGCACAUGGUGCUCAUCAAGGCGCUUCAGACGGAGAACGCGGGGCCCGUGUCCGUCGUCAUAGCGGCCAUGGACGUAGUGUUCAUGUUCGCCGUGGAACUGAUACUGUUCGGCAACAUUCCGGACAAGUACAGCUUCACGGGCGCCACUCUGGUGUCCGUAUGCGUCUUUCUGCAGAUGGCCAAGAAGACGGUGAUAGAAUCGCACGAGAACUCGCUGUUUAGAAAGUUGUUUUAUUGGCUCGCCUAUUGA